AUGCUACUGUUCUGGCUUACGCAGAUGUUCGUCCUAACCCCGUCAAGCUCUCCUGUGGCUGAGGCCAGCAAGAUCAUGACGACCAUAGCCGACUACUUCCUGGCGCAGAAGGUGAAGAAGGACCUGCUCGCCAAGGACGAGUACCUUGAGGUGCUGGCGCUGCACCACGCCGUGAUGGUGGCGGCCAUGAAGACGAAGCAGAACACCGACCCCUCCUUCGCGGACGCGCUCGACGCGGCGAUCGAGGCGCUCAAGCCGGUGUACACCCCGAAGUGA